UUGCUUACAGACACGAGAUACUGCAAAGCUUAUUAUGACUCGUUCCUGUGUUGGGGGCCCACGCCCGGGGGCCACACCACAUUCCAGAAAUGUCCCAACGUACGCUUGAGCGACCCAACGCAAUUGGCAUUCCGCACAUGCCACAUGUCUGGUCAGUGGUUGGGUCGCCGUUUGAACGAGACCAGCGCGGCGGGCUGGACCAACUACACGCCGUGCUUCCCUAUAGAUGUUAAACUGCUCUUUGACAAAGUAUCCGAGGACGAGAAUUCACAACUCAAAUUUGAAAUAGCCCGCAACACACGGAUUUUGGAAAUAGUUGGCUUCAGUAUUUCCCUGGUAGCUCUCUUAGUGUCUUUGUUCCUUUUCUCACACUUCAGGUUAGUUUUUACUUAUAAUUUAUUUAUUUUGAAGCCUGUUGCUUUAUUUAAUUCUCGAUGGUGUCUUGCUAAGCUGCUGUGGUAAGAUAUCAUAAUAUUUAUUAAGCAGUUUUG